AUGGCGUCCCUCGACGCACCGCCCGUCUCGCGCGUCAAGUCCUCGGCCUCGACCGCCAGCGCCUUCAACUAUCCCCACGGCCACCUCAACUCGCUGAGCGACCAGCAGGAAGAGGCCCUGCAAAAAUUCAAGGCCGUCCUCGAGGAGCGCGGCGUUUGGAAGCGCGGGCCCCCACCAUCGCACAAUGACCAGACACUACUUCGCUAUCUUCGCGCUCGGCGCUGGAUCGUGCAGGAUGCCUACGCGCAGUUCAAGGACACCGAGGACUGGCGCGCCGCCAACGAGCUCGACGUCCUCUACGAGACCAUCGACCUCGACGCCUACGAGGAGUCUCGCCGCCUCUACCCUCAAUGGACCGGCCGACGCGACCGACGCGGCAUCCCGCUCUACGUCUUUGAGAUCCGCACGCUCGACAACAAGACCGUCGCCAACUACGAAAAGAAUGGCGCCAAGUCCAACUUUUCCCAGGCGCGGUCCGACGGCAAGACGCCGCCCGGCCUGAUGCGCCUCUUUGCGCUCUACGAGAACCUCACGCGCUUCAGCCAGCCCUUUGCCACGCAGCUCACCGACCGCGAGAACCCGGCGACGCCCAUCACGCUGAGCACCAACAUUGUCGACGUCUCCGGCGUGGGUCUCAAGCAGUUUUGGAACCUCAAGGCGCACAUGCAGGCCGCGUCGCAGCUCGCCACCGCGCACUACCCCGAGACGCUCGACCGCAUCUUCAUCAUUGGCGCGCCCUUCUUCUUCAGCACCGUCUGGGGCUGGAUCAAGCGCUGGUUCGACCCCAUCACCGUGUCCAAGAUCUUCAUCCUCGCCCCGCACGAGGUCCUGCCCACGCUCGAGGCCUUCAUCGAGAAGCGCAACGUGCCCAAAAAGUACGGCGGCGACCUCGACUACACCCCUGGCCAGCUCGGCAUCCCCGACCCGGCCUGGGACGGCGUCGUCGCCUGGGAAGCCGGCUACACGUCGUUUCCGACCGGCCCCCUCGUCUGGGAGGACGUCGACGGCCAGCCGGGCCGCCUGCAGUGCGUCGCGCUCGGUUCCAAGGGCGGCAAGCCCCGGCGGGAGCGCAUCUGCACCAUCCCCCGCACGUGGUCGCCGCCCGCGACCGAGACGACGACGGCGAAUGGCUCUGCGAUAGGGACGCCCGCCGCGCACGCGGACAACGAGGCCGCACCCGCCGCGGGGCAGGCCACGGAGCAGAAAUCGCCAGAGUCGUUUCGCACGGCAGACACGCAGGUCGAUGCCCAGGUCGACAACAGCGCUGACGCCCUCGAGAAGCUUGCCAUUGACGAGAAGAAGCCUAUCGCUCAGCCCACCUCGGUCCCGGCUCAAGUAGCUGUGUAG